AUGUGUCAUGAAGCCGCACUUCGCGCGACCGCCAGGCGUUUCUUUAUCCCCCUUCCGGGCGGAGAAGAUUCCCCAGAGAACCUUGGGCGAGUGCUGCAAUUGUUUGUCGCUGACAACGGGAGGGAACGGAUCGACGCUCUUGGGAGCCUCACGCUUCUUACAGCGUUGUGUGCAGCCGUAACAUAUGUUGUCCCUGAGAGUUCGUUACCUGAUAAGCACCUCACAGCCCCUUUAUUCCUGCGAGCAGCGCGAGAAACGCUUAGGAUCUACGAGUACUACGACAUCGAGCACCCAGACUUUUCCUCUCUCGCAACUCGACUCUUCCUCUGUUCAGCCAUACAGAAUUCCACAGGCACGCAUGGAGUGGCUUUCCAUAUUCUCGGCGAGGCUGGUCUCAUCGCAAUGAAGAUGCGGCUCUUUGACGAAAGCUCGCCCGAAGGACGAGAAACCCUGGAGGCGAAUCUUCUGAGAAAUGCCUUCUGGCAGCUGUAUAUGUGCGACAAGACGGCCUUGAUCAUGAAAACACGUCCUAUCACGAUUCACGAGCCUUUGUUUGGGAGCGAGUUAACGCUUAGAGCACAUUCGCGGAUGCCCGUGCCAUUAUUUGACCAUGGUUGGGACGUGGAUGGUGGCGAGGUGGAAGAACGUCUUCUAGAAGGAUUUCAUAUCAUACGUCGCCUGUGGGCCGUGGCUCUCCGCGUCAUUCAAGGCAUGGAAUCGAUCUCAAAAGAGUCUUUAGAGGCGCGUUCCCAUACAAAUGCUUCCUGCGAAAGUAUUGCACAUUUGUCAGAAGCAUACUUUGAGAUGGUAACCUUGGCAAAUAACCUCCCUGCCUUGGUUCGAUCGCCAUCGGACUCAUCUGCCAGUGUCAAUCGAGACGCAGAUCAGCAUCUGUUCAACAUAAUGCAGCGGCAGCGGACCAUUUAUCUCAUCACCCUCCACAGCAUUAAGGUCUUGGUGCCGACCACUGCAAUCCAACACAACAUGACUGAAGCCAUGGGCCUCAGUGCGGGACGUUUAACGCUUGCAAGGAGGAAGAUAGAGCUGGCUCAAGAUUUUCUGAAACGUCCUCGAGAGUGUUCCAUUCCUACAUCUCCAGGUGGAUGGAGAACAAUGUGUAAGUGA